AGAGAACAGGUGUAUCCACUUUUAGUCAGCACGCAGCUCAGAGCAACAACACCGCACCUGAAAGCAGCAGUGUAGUGUAAUUAGCUCGGUAAAUUCACUGGAAAUGUCUUCAUGGUUUAUUCCGGAUAUUUUAGGUGUGAACUUGAUAAGACCCAUCUGCUGACUUGAGGAUUCUGUGCGAAUUCUGUUCCUUGCGGAGGAUCUGCUCCAGUGAAUAGUAACGCGCCCCGUCAACAUCAGGGGAACUAAAGGGUGUGUAAUUUCAGUUGUGAAAUUAUCUGGAUAUCACCUGAAGUAAGGACAAAGGCAAAUAAACCGCAAUCAAACCUAACACGGACACGGACUGACAUCUAAUUGAAUCCUAAUAGCUUAUCGAUUUUGACGGAACGCGUACGAGGAUCUCGGAGGCUGUCAGAGGAUCGGUGAUUUAGGUUUCUUUAAAAACAUCUCUGAGGACUCAACGUGGACAUGCUUCCCUGAUAAGUGCUGUUUGACUCCGAAGCAGGAGUUUAGAGUCAGUUUGCGAUACGUAGUUGACUUUUAAUAACGCUGUUACGCGCGAAGUUUGGAUGAUGCUGUCAAGCCAAUUUAUGUUAAGGCUGUGCUUCUAUGGAACACUGAUGAUGUGUGUUUUGGGGGAGUCUGCGGAGCCCCUCACCUCGGUGGUCCCCCUGCGGACGCUGUCGGAGGCGGAGACACGGUUGCCAUGCCGAUACGACGGCGAAGGCAAGGUGGUGCAGGUGAGCUGGAGUCGAGUGAAGGGUGAUGCCAACGAGGAACAGAUCAUCAUGUACCACUUCACAGAGGGGGUGAAAGAAUUUACCCAGUUUGUGAAUAAGAUGCGCUUCGAGGCAGUUGAGCCCACCACGGAUGUGACUCUUCUCAUUCUGAGCACGGAGGAGGUGGACGAGGCCAUCUACAGCUGCAAGAUCACCACCUUCCCCUCAGGGACUGUGGAGUCCAAGAUACAGCUCACCGUGUGGACUCGUCCCAUCUCCAUCCUGGAGCCGGUGAUCCUCGUGGAGGGUCAGUCCUACCGGUCGGCGGCGUCGUGCCGUUCCGUGGGUCGGCCUCAGCCUCGGGUCACCUGGGACACGGACCUGCCGGGCCAGGCUCAGAACCGCAGCGUUGACGCACGCACCGUGUCAGGCCAGUUCUCCCUGCACCCGCUGCGCAGCCUCAAUGGCCGACGGCUGGACUGUCUGGUUUGGCACCCCACCUACAGCGCCCCCUUCAGGAUCAGCCAUGCACUGCUGGUGCACUGUGAGUGAUGGCUGGCCAGUACAC